GACUCAUCUAUAGCUUUCUGAGGGUCUUCCCUCCUCCUCUCCAGCUGUAUUUUGAAAAUUACAGUUCUAGUUGGCCAGGCGCGAUGGCUCAUGCCUGUAAUCCCAGCACUCAGGGAGGCCAAGGCGGGUGGAUCAUUUGAGGUCAGGAGUUCAAGACCAGCUUGGCCAACAUGGUGAAACCCUGUCUCUACUGAAAAUACAAAAAUUAACCGGUGACAUGGCGCAUGCCUGUAGUCCCAGCUACUUGGGAGGCCGAGGCAGGAAAAUCGCUUGAACCCAGGAGGCGGAAGUUGCACUGAGCUGAGAUCAUGCCACUGCACUCAAAAAGAAAAAAAAAAAAAGAAAAUUACAGUUCUAGAGUUCUAGUUACCCUUCCUGGGAGAUUCUGAUGGUCCUUAUUUUAUUAUUUAAUUUUUUUUUUUUUUUUUUUUGAGACAGGAUCUUGCUGUCGUCCAGGCUGGAGUGCAGUGGUGUGAUCAUAGCUCACUCGCAGCCUCCAACUCUCAAGCUCAAGUGAUCCUCCCACCUCAGCCUCUCGUGUAGCUGGGACCACAGCUGUGCUGCCAUCAUGCCUCAAACCCGAUCCCAGGCACAGGCUACAAUCAGUUUUCCAAAAAAGAAGCUGUCUCGGGCAUUGAGCAAAACUAAAAACUCCAGUGAUGCCAAACUAGAACCAACAAAUGUCCAAGCUGUAACCUGUUCUCCUCGUGUAAAAGCCCUGCCUCUCAGCCCCAGGAAACGUCUGGGCGAUGACAACCUAUGCAACACUCCCCAUUUACCUCCUUGUUCUCCACCAAAGCAAGGCAAGAAAGAGAAUGGUCCCCCUCAUUCACAGACACUUAAGGGACGAAGAUUGGUAUUUGACAAUCAGCUGAUAAUUAAGUCUCCUAGCAAAAGAGAACUAGCCAAAGUUCACCAAAACAAAAUACUUUCUUCAGUUAGAAAAAGUCAAGAGAUCACAACAAAUUCUGAGCAGAGAUGUCCACUGGAGAAAGAAUCUGCAUGUGUGAGACUAUUCAAGCAAGAAGGCACUUGCUACCAGCAAGCAAAGCUGGUCCUGAACACAGCUGUCCCAGAUCGGCUGCCUGCCAGGGAAAGGGAGAUGGAUGUCAUCAGGAAUUUCCUGAGGGAACACAUCUGUGGGAAAAAAGCUGGAAGCCUUUACCUUUCUGGUGCUCCUGGAACUGGAAAAACUGCCUGCUUAAGCCGGAUUCUGCAAGACCUCAAGAAGGAACUGAAAGGCUUUAAAACUAUCAUGCUGAAUUGCAUGUCCUUGAGGAGUGCCCAGGCUGUAUUCCCAGCUAUUGCUCAGGAGAUUUGUCAGGAAGAGGUAUCCAGGCCAGCUGGGAAGGACAUGAUGAGGAAAUUGGAAAAACAUAUGACUGCAGAGAAGGGCCCCAUGAUUGUGUUGAUACUGGAUGAGAUGGAUCAACUGGACAGCAAAGGCCAGGAUGUAUUGUACACGCUAUUUGAAUGGCCAUGGCUAAGCAAUUCUCGCUUGGUGCUGAUUGGUAUUGCUAAUACCCUGGAUCUCACAGAUAGAAUUCUGCCUAGGCUUCAAGCUAGAGAAAAAUGUAAGCCACAGCUGUUGAACUUCCCACCUUAUACCAGAAACCAGAUAGUCACUAUUUUGCAAGAUCGACUUAAUCAGGUAUCUAGAGAUCAGGUUCUGGACAAUGCUGCAAUUCAGUUCUGUGCGCGCAAAGUCUCUGCUGUUUCAGGAGAUGUUCGCAAAGCACUAGAUGUUUGCAGGAGAGCUAUUGAAAUUGUAGAGUCAGAUGUCAAAAGCCAGACUAUUCUCAAACCACUGUCUGAAUGUAAAUCACCUUCUGAGCCUCUGAUUCCCAAGAGGGUUGGUCUUAUUCACAUAUCCCAAGUCAUCUCAGAAGUUGAUGGUGGCAGGAUGACCUUGAGCCAAGAAGGAGCACAAGAUUCCUUCCCUCUUCAGCAGAAGAUCUUGGUCUGUUCUUUGAUGCUCUUGAUCAGGCAGUUGAAAAUCAAAGAGGUCACUCUGGGGAAGUUAUAUGAAGCCUACAGUAAAGUCUGUCGCAAACAGCAGGUGGCGGCUGUGGACCAGUCAGAGUGUUUGUCACUUUCAGGGCUCUUGGAAGCCAGGGGCAUUUUAGGAUUAAAGAGAAACAAGGAAACCCGUUUGACAAAGGUGUUUUUCAAGAUUGAAGAGAAAGAAAUAGAACAUGCUCUGAAAGAUAAAGCUUUAAUUGGAAAUAUCUUAGCUACUGGAUUGCCUUAAAUUCUUCUCUUACACCCCACCCGAAAGUAUUCAGCUGGCAUUUAGAGAGCUACAGUCUUCAUUUUAGUGCUUUACACAUUCGGGCCUGAAAACAAAUAUGACCUUUUUUACUUGAAGCCAAUGAAUUUUAAUCUAUAGAUUCUUUAAUAUUAGCACAGAAUAAUAUCUUUGGGUCUUACUAUUUUUACCCAUAAAAGUGACCAGGUAGACUCUUUUUAAUUACAUUCACUACUUCUACCACUUGUGUAUCUCUAGCCAAUGUGCUUGCAAGUGUACAGAUCUGUGUAGUGGAAUGCGUGUAUAUUUACCUCUUUGCUCAAACAUGAGUGGGUAUUUUUUUGUUUUUUUUGUUGUUGUUUUUGAGGCCAGGUCUCACCCUGUUGCCUAGGCUGGAGUGCAAUGGCGCAUUCUCUGCUCACUACAGCACCCGCUUCCCAGGUUGAAGUGAUUCUCUUGCCUCAGCCUCCUGAGUAGCUGGGAUUACAGAUGCUCACCACCGUGCCCAGCUAAUUUUUUAAUUUUUAGUAGAGACAGGGUUUUACCAUGUUGGCCAGGCUGGUCUUGACCUCCUGACCUUCAAGUGAUCCACCCACCUCGGCCUCCCAAAGUGCUGGGAUUACAGGCGUGAGCCACCAUGCCCAGCCAUUAAGGUAUUUUGUUAAGAACUUUAAGGUUAGGGUAAGAAGAAUGAAAAUGAUCCAGAAAAAUGCAAGCAAGUCCACAUGGAGAUUUGGAGGGCACUGGUUAAAGAAUUUAUUUUGUUUUGUAGUAUACUAUGUUCACGGUGCAGAUACUACGACAUUGUGGCAUUUUAGACUCGUUGAGUUUCUUGGGCACUCCCAAGGGCAUUGGGGUCAUAAGGAGACUAUAACUCUACAGAUUGUGAAUAUAUUUAUUUUCAAGUUGCA